AUGGACAAAGAAAAGCUGGCUGCUGCUACGCCUAGAAAGGCUACCGUAAAAUCUAAACAUUUAGUUUGCAGUGAAUGUGCAACACCUCUCCCAGAUGGAUCAAGGAAGAAAAUGUGCACUCAGUGUACGGCAAAUUCUUUGGAAAAAGAUAACCAAAAAGAUAUGCAGUCUUUCAUAUCUUGGUUCCAAGAAAAUCUGGCCCAAACCUUGGAGACGAUUAAGGAGUCUAAAAAGGUAGAAUCCCCGAUACAAAAAAUCAAGAAAAGGAGAAGGUCGCCAUCUACAUCUGAAAGCUAA